GGAGGAGGGGCCGGCGGGGAAUGAGGCGAAGCCGGUGUCGGCUGUCGCUGCUGCCCGGCGCGGCGCCGGCGCCCGACUGGACAGUGGCAGGAGCGAGACCUGACGGAGGGGCCGCCGCCGGGCUGGGAGCUCCGUCUCCGCGAAGGGGCCGCCAUGAGGGCAAUGCUGCUGCUGCCGCCGCUCCUCCUCCGCCGGCCUCUGCCACCUCCGGGGCCGAGAAGGCUUUGCAGCGCCGCUUCCGCCGCCUCGGCUGCUCCUGCUGCCCCAGCCCCGGGGAAGAGCGAGGCGGGCUCGCAGCUCAACAUACAACCUACCUUUGGCUUUCUGUUUGACAUUGAUGGAGUAUUGGUACGAGGAAAGACACCAAUUCCAGGCGCAAGAAAAGCCUUUCAAAAACUACUUAAUUCUCAGGGAGAGUUUUCGGUUCCUGUAGUAUUUGUCACGAAUGCAGGAAACUGCCUUCGUCAGAAGAAAGCAGACCAGUUGUCUCAUAUUCUUGGAGUGCCAAUUUCCCAAGACCAAGUCCUGAUGUCCCACAGUCCUUUGCGAAUGUUCAGACGUUACCAUGACAAAUGUGUUCUUGUGUCUGGACAAGGGCCUCUUCUUGAUAUUGCUAAGCAUGUUGGAUUUUGUCAGCCUAUUACAAUCGACAGGCUGCGAGAAAACUUUCCCUUAUUGGACAUGGUUGACCAUGACAGAAGACCUAAAGUUUCACAUCCGCCUGAAGUGGAACUUCCCAAGAUUGAGGCGAUUGUUCUAUUUGGUGAGCCAGUGAGAUGGGAAACGAACCUGCAGUUGAUCAUAGAUGUUAUUUUGACAAGUGGCUAUCCUGGGAAUCCACAUGCUCAGGCAACUCACCCACAUAUUCCUGUACUGGCUUGCAACAUGGAUCUAAUGUGGAUGGCUGAAGCCCAGUCUCCAAGGUUUGGGCAUGGAACAUUCAUGGUUUGUUUGGAAAACAUUUACAAAAAGAUCACUGGCAAAGAGCUGAAAUAUGAGGCUUUGAUGGGAAAGCCUAGUGAACUGACCUAUCACUAUGCAGAAUACCUGAUCAGGACACAAGCAGCUGCAAAACAAUGGAAGAAGCCUAUUCAAACCCUCUAUGCCAUUGGGGAUAAUCUAAUGACAGAUAUUUAUGGUGCUAAUCUUUACAACCGCUACCUUCAAGAAAAGAACUUGAGACGAGGUUCCAAGGCACGAAUCCAGGCCAAAGCUGCCGGCGGCUCAAGAUCUGCCACAGUCUCUCAGGAAGAAGAACUCGAAAACACUUGGGAAAGUGAAUUAGCACCUGCAACUGCCACAAGCUGUAGGUCUGUCCUUGUUUGCACCGGAGUUUACAACCCUCACACAGAGGUGCCCUCUGACACGAGGGAGUGCAUAACUGAGACUGUGUUUCAUGGGCACAGGGAUUUUAGGUUUGAUCCUGCUUUAGUAGAACCAAACCACAUUGUUCCAGAUGUUGAAGCUGCUGUAGACUUAAUCUUCCAGUUAGAGAACUUUGCACCAAAUGAAAAUUACAGGACUCCUUAAUGACUUUCUUAACAUUUUGUAUUCUAUGUAAUUUUUCUUCCUGAAAAGCCAAACGGGAGCACUUAGUUGUAUAUCCUUCCUAACAUGUUUAUAUUUUUAUAUGUAACACUUCUAAUACACUCCUGCUUGUUCUAACAACACCUUUGAUAUCUUAACUUUGGUUUCUGUGCUCUGAUAAUCCCUUUGCAUCCAACACCCUUGCUAUGGACUGUGCUUUUUGUAUGAAUUGUUUUCUGCAUGCUGACUUCACUAUUUAGCCACGGAGUUAAAUCUAAUUCUCUGAACAGUGAGAAAGAACAUCAGCUGUGUUCAGCAGUCAAGGCAAGUCUGUUUUAGAUAGUGUGUAAUGAACUCUAUGCAGUUCCGAGCUUAAAGCAGGGGUGGCUAACCUCCCAGAUCCUGUUGUACUCCAGUUCCCAUGAAUCCCAGCCAGCAUGGCUUCUGGUGAGAAUUUGUGGGAGUUGUAGUCCAAUAAUGUUUGAAGAGCCAUAGGUUAGCCAACCCUGAUUUAUAUGUUUAUUCCUAAGGGAUUAUAGUAUUCCCCUCCAUAACAUCUUGCUUUCUUUUGCUAUGAAUUCCAUCCAAAAAAAUCAGUGGCUCAUUGUACUCUUUUCUCUGUUUCCUUUAUGGAAAAUAGAAUAUGCACUUCAGGGGAAACGUUGUGUUCCGUGCUUUUCUUUGGAUUUCAGCUGAAGCUCAAUUGACUAAAAUUAUGGCACAAGCCAUAAAUUUGUGCAAACACCAGUGGGCUGAAUGGGAUUUGAGCGGUAUAAUAUUUUGCUCAAAUCCUGUUCUAAAGAGCUAGAAGUUUCUGGUAGGCUUUAUCCCUUAUCUGUCUGGAUUUAUCAUUAAACUCUUAAAUACACUCAAGUUUUAUUAUUAAUCACAGUGUUUCUCCUGCACUGAACUGCAGAAUGCACAAUAGCUGUUUGAGCUACUUUCUUAAACCUGAAACUCCAAACCACGGUGGCAAUGUUGAACAUGCUAGUGAGGUUCCUUCCCUCUGCGAAGUAUCAUGUAUCUGGUCUUUAAUGGCCAUGUAUCUCAUGGAUGUAAAGUUUUAAAUAAUAACUUAUUUCUUAUGUUACCAGUUUUAUAAAGCAUUAUGUUUAACUAAAAAAACAAAAACAAAC